UUUCAAUACAUCUGCUGUGCGCUUUGGAGAAAAAGGAGAGGACGGGGCGACUGGUCGAUGCUCACACCAAGUUCGGCAGAAAUGACGAGUUCUCUCCCUCUGGAGGCAGUGAUGUCCUCCCCGAGACUAGACGACAGAAACGGGGCCACGGCUGCACCCAAGUCCCUGGCGUUUUCAAUUGACAGAAUCAUGUCCAAGACUUCGGAACCGAAAGGAGGCAAUGAACAGCGCAGGGGAGUCGAGGGAUCCGAUGGGAAGAAGACGGUCGGCUUGUGCACUCCCAUUCCCUGCAUGAUACCAUUACAGCCGUUCAGCUACGACCUACAGGCCAAGGCUUUAAUGAAUUAUUCUGAGUUUUGGAAAGUUAAUUUCAGGGGAGCACUAUGCACUUCAGCGGCGAUGUGUAAAGCCAAUUGUGGCAUCUGCGGCAAAACGGAUUCGGGCGUAAAACACACUGUGUUGCCAGGAACCAGGGUCAUCAAACCGCAGGUUAUACAUCAAGCGCUGACCAUGCCCACCAACGGAUCGUUGUGUUAUUUCAAUUACCUGGACACUGCCUAUCAUCAGUCCGAGCUACUGAGUGGACAUUUAUUUUCCUCGGCAAUCGCGAACUCACAAGCACAAGCUAUAAGCGCACAUCAGAAGCUGUUGCUGCUGGAGAACGCGAAACUUGCAUGCGUCUCACCCGAGAAAUUCCCAACACCUCAAUACCCGCAUAAAGAGCAUCUGCCUGGACAGCUGGACCAGAUAGUUCGGGAAAAUCACAAUUUGACCGAAAAGAACGGAGUGAAAGUGCACAGUAAAACGAAUAACUGUUCUGCGGACGGGAAACCCAAGAACUUCACGUGCGAAGUUUGUGGAAAGGUUUUCAAUGCGCACUAUAACCUUACGCGUCACAUGCCGGUACACACAGGUGCAAGACCGUUUGUGUGUAAAGUAUGCGGGAAAGGUUUUCGCCAGGCCAGCACAUUGUGUAGACAUAAAAUUAUUCAUACACAGGAGAAACCUCACAAAUGUAACCAGUGUGGAAAAGCCUUCAACAGAAGCUCCACUUUAAACACACAUAUCCGAAUUCACGCAGGCUACAAACCAUUCGUCUGCGAAUUUUGUGGGAAGGGCUUUCAUCAAAAAGGGAAUUACAAGAAUCACAAACUGACGCACAGUGGCGAGAAACAGUACAAAUGUUCAAUUUGUAGCAAAGCCUUCCAUCAGGUCUAUAACCUCACGUUUCACAUGCACACGCACAAUGACAAGAAACCCUUUACCUGUGGAACAUGCGGGAAAGGCUUCUGCCGGAACUUUGACCUAAAAAAGCACAUACGGAAAUUACAUGAUAGUAACAAUUGUUUAUCCGCCGGAAAUGAUUCUUCCAGAGGACACCAAAACUAAAACAGCUUUUAAAUGGACAACUGCUUCAUCAUCUUCCACCGACAUGGACGAAGAUAAACAAUACGGAGAACAACAACACUGAGGAAUUGUACAUAAAGCAGAAUAAAAUA